AUCUCUAAUGUAAGGGAAAUAGAAGAAGCGGAGCUGGGAAGAGGAGCAUGGUUGCGAUCUCUCUCUCUACCGCCACAACCUCCACCGGGUUUCUAAUGCGCCGCGACGAUGGCGGAUGCUGCCGCAGACCUUCCCCUUUUGCAAGUUCAAGCUUCUUACCCGAAAGCGAGCCGAGGCUGUCUCUCUCCUCGCGACCGCGAACCCUAAUUUCAGUAACUAGGAAACCUUGAAGCCGGAAGACAAAGGCGUAGGAGGAGGAGGAGGAGGAGAAAGAUAUAAUCUUGGCACUUCUACACGGUGGGGUUGGCUUCCGAUCGAUCCGCAACCUUUGAAUUUCCAGCCGGAUGACAAAAAUAGCACACUGCGGAAGAUCGUCCGCUUCUGGAAUCGAACGUUGGUGCUUCUACUUCCGUUGGUUCUUCUACCUCAAUGGAGGAGGAUGUUCGUGAUUCGAGGCCUGGCGAGGCUGGCAAAAUCUACGGACAUUUGGAGGUGAGAAGCUGCCCAAUGCAGGCAGUCAUUGAGAUCGACCGAAAAGAAACUCACAAGGGCAAUGCUCUGGAUUGCAAGGGAAGGGAGGUGAUGCUUAAAUGUGAGGAGAAAGGCUCACAGAAGGAGGCAAUAUGGCAGUUCUAUCAGUUAAUCUGGAAUCUUUUCAAUGCCGAAUGCAUUAUCUUCCCAAUCUAUGUUUCACUUCUAGUUCUUGGAAUUCCUGUCAAGAGGAGUUGUGGAGAUCAUGCACAAAUAGGGUCUCAUUGUAUCAUCUCAAGUUCUAAACCAGUGCAAUAUUACACAGUUGGUUGAUUUAAGAAAUACUUCUGCAUUCUGACCUCAGUCAGUCCCAGCAGUUAAAAUAAAAAUUGGGACUCGUUCGACCCUCAAGGAUUUUAAAACCCUGAUUGUCGAUACUCGGUGACAAUGUUUGAGAAAACUUGGAGAAAGCAAACUCUGUAAUGAAAAAGUUGUGUUACCAUAUCGUUUAAUUUGGUGAUUCCUAAUCGGAUUGGUUGGAACACGGCAACACAUUCUUUUCAGUUUUGUUUAUGGAGUUUCCUUUACAAAUGGAUCUCCUGAAAUUUAUAAAAGUAUAAGUAAAACAAGCUUAUCAGUGAUAAUCUUGGUGCUUUGAUGUAACCUAAGGUGGGACUUAGGUGAAACAGCAGAAUAA